GUUGUGUUUUUCGCGGCUUCUGGCAUUGCAGUGGAGUUCAAGUGCUUGCGCCGUUGGUAAAUUCUUUUCGGUUCCCGAGUGAAUGAUUGUUGCCAAGUCAGUGCCCAGAUGCUGCAUCCAAAUGGUGGCGUGUGUGCUAUGGAGCAUAAAACGCAACGCUUGGACAAGCCCAUCUUCAGUUAUAAUUGUUGCAUCUAUAUAGUUGGAUACACUUUCAAAAGAACUUGCGUGCAUCCCUCCGUAUUUAAAUAAAGGAUGGACAUCAUAUAUUUUCGAAUUAGUCACGAAGAAAUUGUGGAAAGGAUUUCAUGAAUACGAAAUGUGGCGGAAGUCAGUAAUGAAUUUUCGAGGAUUUAUAAGGUCUUUUGUGGAAAAUAAAGGGCUGCUUUGGAUUUUUGUGAUUGGCAUUUCUGGAUGGAGCACCGUUUCCAUAUUGGUUCUAUUGAAAACCAGAUACGAAACGGACUCCACGACAAUAGGGGUCUCGACCGCCUACAGUCGCUGGAUAAACACCUUCCCAUCGAUAGGAAUCUGCUUAACAAAAAGCCGAGCGUUUAACGAAUUCAAGGCAAUGAUGCGGGAGUAUUUUCAGGAAGACUUUGCCUUCUCCUUUACAAGAAUGAUAUACGAAUAUGCUUUUCUCAACCCCAACAACAUAUUUACGAAGGAGCCUACCAAGAAUACAAGUUACCCGUACAAUUUCAAUAUUUUGGAUAUAAGAAGAAAGAUGUUUCCAACCAAUUGUACUGAAUGCUUUAAAGAAAUAUACUUUCGUGGCGAAUUGGUGACAGACUGCGAGGAGAUAUUCAAGUUUCAUGUGACGGAAAUGGGCUACUGCUUUCUGGCGAACAAUCUAUUGGACUAUGACAGCAUCGAAGAAAUGCCUCUCAGGUAUUCUUCGUUGGAUAACAACCGAAGUCUGCGACUCUACAUGCGAAGUUCUGUUAUGUAUAAAUAUGAGAUGUACGUCAACAGUCCCGAGGAUCUGCCCUUCUUCAAUUCCUUGACCUAUACCAUCUCCACCGACCCCACAACAUACGCCUUCAACGUCGAGGAGAUUCACAACCACGAAGGUGUCAUCGACGAGCCCAUUUCCCAGCGCAAGUGCAAGUUCCCCAGCGAGAGUUCCAUCGAGGGGUUUCCUUACAGCUUCUCGGCCUGCAUGUCUAUCAUCCGGAGUGAGUUUGAGAUGAAAACUUGCGACUGCUCUCUAUUCAACCCAAAGGAUCGCAGUACGUGAGGCACUUGAAUGAUGAAAGUAAAGGUGACUUCAUUGCCCUGUUUCUUUUGCAGACGAAAGUCUCUAUUGCGGAUUGCAACACGCGGAUUGCUUGAUUAAAGAAGGGUUUGCAACCAGAGUUAAGGAGUACGUCGGUAGCAGUACGGUUUGCCUGCCAUCCUGCGUGGAGCAGCAGAUAAGUCUAGUGGGGGUCAUAACUGAAAAUGGAACACUCUACAAUAAUAAUACACAGAUCACCGAAAUUCAAAUAGCCUCUCCACCCACGGUGCGGUACGAACGAAAAGUCACCCAGACCAAGCUGGAUCUAAUAGUCGGCAUCGGAAGUGUGGCAGGACUCUUCUUCGGCGCCUCCCUGCUGAACCUACUGGAGAUCAUUUCGUACUUCAUUAAAAAACUCAAGACCAUGAUUUUCGGUUAGGACCUUUAUUGCUUUUCGCUCUUUAGCCUCGCAACAGCUUGUGCACAAAUAAAUAAGAUAAUUCGGAUUGAGCGAGCAUAAGUGAGCCCUAAUUAUUAUUAUCGAACAAGUC